GGGCGAAUACUGCGUGCUUCUGUCCCCUUUAUGAACGUUGAGAAACUAGAGCCUUUCCAUCAGGUGAGGGAUCAGGUGCUGCUAACGUAGUAUAGGGAUGACCUGCAUUUUUUUGUGGUAUACCAAGUGCACCGACACCUGUCGACACAGAAACGUAAACGGUAUCUUUUUCUGAGAAUAUGUUUGCAAGAAAAGAUGGAGGAAAGAGGGGUCGUAGUAGUCUGACGUCAGCCGGGCUAGUCCCCUCUCACCACGACCGACUGAUUCCAUCCAACAUCGAUGUCUAUUACUUUGACGCGUCUUCAUUGGCAUUGGCGGUAGCUGGCAUAUAUGCCAAACAUGCUCCUCUGUCGAGCACGAUUCUCCGUACUCUUCACAAAAGGCCCGGCUCACUUUACACCAAGACACGCUUCCAAUUGGUCACGACAUACAAAAUUCCCUUCUUUCUUCACUCGCACUCCCGUUCCUCGUUUUUCUCUCCGGCGUCGAGCAUUAUGGAUAAUACCGUUGACCGCCGGGCUUACCCUUUACAUGACUCCAAGACCAAAAUCCAUACUUUCAAGUCUCUUUUCCUCUCCAACCCUUAUACCUUGUCCUCCGCAAAGGAAGACAAUCUCGCCAACCAUUUUUUCGCCGUCAGAGAUGGAUAUGACUAUAAGUUCUCGCAUCAUGUCCUUCAUCCGCAGCCAGAUAUGGGAACCGCUACUGACAGCACGACGCUUUGUACAUCUUCUGUUACUUUUCAUGCCGGUGCUCUUAUCCGCACCCAUGCUUCUUAUAGGUCCGCCAGAGAAACGACUAAAUGGCGACAGGUGGGGCGCUGUGUGGUGGUAUGAUUUCCUUGUGACAAAGAUGGAGGCAGCUGGACCAACUUUCGUUAAACUUGCGCAAUGGGCUGGCUCUCGUGCCGAUCUAUUUCCUUCUCAGUUGUGCAAAAGACUCGGCCAGCUCCAUUCCCGUGGCACUCCCCAUCCACUGGAACACACCAAGAAGAUUAUUGCUGAGGCCUUCCGAAGACCUUUCAAUGAUGUAUUUGAAGAAUUUGACGAGACUCCCAUUGGAACGGGCGCCAUUGCUCAGGUCUAUCGAGCAACUCUCAAGCAAGAUCUCCUCCCUCCCUCAUAUCUCGGACCCCGCCGUUCCAGAAAGUCACAUCCAGGUGCGAUUGUCGCUCCUGCCCUCCUGCAGGAUCCUCCUCCUUCUGUUCCUACGGCUGCAGUGGCCAUCAAAGUUCUCCAUCCCCGCGUGACAAAAACCAUUGCACGGGAUCUCUCCAUCAUGACCUUCUUCGCACAAGUCCUAACGCUUUUUCCCGGUAUGCAAUGGAUAUCUUUACCGGAAGAGGUCAAAGUCUUCGGCGAUAUGAUGUUCCAACAGUUGGAUCUUCGUCACGAAGCAGAGAACCUCUUGACGUUUGAGAGUAAUUUUUCACCUCGGAAAGUUCCAGUCACCUUUCCUCGGCCUCUAAAAGUAUGGUCCACGAAGGAUGUAUUGAUCGAGGAGUUCCAGGAUGCUCUGCCAAUGGAAUGGUUCUUGAAAAAUGGCGGCGGACCGUAUGAUGAGCAGGUAGCGACGGUGGGGCUAGAUGCGUUCUUGAACAUGCUUCUUCUGGACAACUUUGUGCACUCUGACCUCCAUCCGGGAAACAUUAUGGUCAAGUUCUCGAAACCAGCUACAACGCGCCACCUCCUCAAAAAUGCCUUCAAUUCCGUACGGGUGUCCCUCUUCUCCAAACCAGACCCAGAAACUCCUCCCACCUCUCCUUCCGACCACUCCGAUUCGAUAGAAGUUGUAUCGCGCCUGCGGAGCCUCGUCAACAAUCGGUCAGAGUGGCUGUCGGAGCUCUCCACUAUUUAUGAUGAUGGCUAUAUUCCUGAGAUAAUUUUUAUCGAUGCUGGUCUUGUAACAACACUUUCUGCCACCAACCGCACCAACUUCCUCGACAUGUUCCGCGCGAUGGCGGAAUUCGACGGAUACCGGACGGGCCAGCUGAUGGUGGAACGGUGUCGCACGCCGGAAUUGGCCAUAGAUACGGAGACGUUUGCGCUCAAAAUGCAGCAUCUCGUGCUCACCGUCAAGCGCAAGACGUUCUCCUUGGGUCAAAUCAAGAUAUCUGACGUUCUGACGGAGGUACUGAAAAGCGUUCGGGAACACCACGUAAAAAUGGAGGGUGAUUUUAUCAAUACAGUUAUUUCGAUAUUACUACUGGAGGGAAUUGGGCGGCAGCUGGAUCCUAGGUUGGAUUUGUUCAAGAGCGCUCUUCCGAUUCUGAGGCAGCUGGGUGGCCAGAUGGCUUCGAGAGAGUCUAUGACAAGAGAUCUGCCACAAAGUAAUUUGGGGACAUUUUUGAAAGUUUGGGUUUGGCUAGAGGCUAGAGAGUUCAUCACGGCUACAAUUAUAAACGCUGAUGAGAUGGUGAAAUAUGGCUGGCUCGUUUCAAGUGUGUAGAAAACUUAUUUUAGAGUUUAUAUACAUGAUAUUGGUGGACAGUAAGCGUCACCAUUACCUACCCAAGCAUCGAAGCAAUCUGCUAGAGACCCAUUUGCGGUGUCUUUGUACGUCUGUCUACCAUUCGUAACAUGAUCUCGAUAGGUAUACAUACGUCGCGAAUAUUUGAUGGAAUGGAGUCUCAAACUUCGUUUGUAUAACUACCACCAAAAGUUAAAACUGAAUACAUCAAGGGUUUCCGCGGUAC